AUGAAAAGACAUCAAAGUGGAGCGGAAAAAAGGAAAAAAAUCCAGGAAUUUGUUGAAAGUCAGAAAAAUGCAUUUCAUAAAUAUUUGUUAGUAAAUAGCGAUAUCGAGUUACCUGUGCCAUCAACAUCUUCUUUUGAACCUUGUCACAGACCAAUACGUGUUGAAAAAAGGGAAGAAGAAGGAGGAAGUGAACAUCAGGUUGAUGAAAAAAAUAGUGAGAUAACAGAAGACAGAGAAAAUCCAGAUAAAUUGUAUAAUAAGAAAAAUGAAGAAAUUAAUGAUAUAGCCUUAUGGCCAGCCAGACGGGGUCAUGCAAGUUAUUUAUCUUAUCAUAUUUGUGACGAAUUUGUAGGCCUCGUUGGCAAUCAACACAUCACAAAUAGCAUGAAGUCUGAAAUGGCGCUCGACAAAAAUAUUUGCAAUGAUUGUAUCCCAGGAAGGGUGUUCACCAUAGGAAAAAGACAAACCCGAAGCGCUAAGCACUGGAAGAGCCUUAAAUGA